GUGUUGACAGGGAAGGGAAAUAACUCUGACACCGCAAUAGCGCGGUCAAUUCGAUUUUAUACUUUUAGGUAUGAGACGAUCUGCUGCGCCAAGCCAAGUGGGACGGGCAAAGUUUGUCUCACCCAUUCUUCCAUCAAAAGGGCCAUCUAGCACCAACUUUAAACAAAAGGCAUCUCUCUCUCCACAAGUAAAUGUUUCUUUGACGUCACAAAACAAUGUUUUGAAGAGGAUUUUUCCAGAUUCAGUUGAUGAUAAGCAAAUAAACAGUAAAUCUCCAGCGGAAGUCCAGAACAGAUGUAAACGUAACUCCUGUGACUGUGAUGGUGAAAAGAUUGUUACUCUUGUGGCAAAGAAACCAAGAUUUCAGGCCCCAACACUCAACAAACAACCAGUUCUUGCAAGUCCUGCAACCAGCUUGAAAACAGAUAUUGAGAAUAUAGGUGCUAAAGAAACAGGAGGAAAUACUGGUUAUUUCAGUGUUGUUUGGUGCAAGAGAUCAAACAAAAAGCACAAAAAGUGGGAAGGUGAUGCUGUGCUAGUUACCAGUGGAAGGAGUGUGACAUUGUAUGACAUAGAGGGCAAGGAGAUUGGAAAAGGUUCAGGUUACAAGUCUGCUGAGCUUGCAUCAUUGAAGGAAGAUGAAACACUUCCAAUUGGGGGAAAAGAAAUACAGGUGAUGUCGAUAUUAACAGAAGAACAUUUUAAAUCUGGCAAAUGUUUCACAGGAAGUAUUACAGCACCUAGCACUACAUUAGCUAGAGUUCAAGUAAAAGCAGUGUCAAGGCCGUUCAAUAAGCCUUUGAAGUCCGGCUGCACAGACAGUUCAAUAUGUAAACCAGAGCUUGUAGCAAUCAAACCUCGACAUGAUCCUGCCAUCCCUGGUGCCCUCAUCAUGCCAGCUCCAAGUGAUAGUCACCAGUGGCAGUGGAACAAGAGGUCUUUGCCAGUGGUGGAUGUUGUAGUUGACCCCUACCUCUCCACACACCUCAGACCCCAUCAGAGAGAAGGUGUCACAUUCCUCUAUGAGUGUGUAAUGGGUUACAGAAACUAUGGUGGACAGGGAGCAAUUCUUGCAGAUGAUAUGGGUUUAGGAAAGACAUUACAGUGUAUUUCUCUUAUCUGGACUCUUUUCAAACAAGGACCGUAUGGGGGCAAACCAGUGGCAAAGAAGAUUCUGAUUAUAACACCUGGAAGUUUAGUCAAGAAUUGGUACCAAGAAUUCAAGAAGUGGCUUGGAUUUGAAAGAAUACAGAUUUUUGCAGUUAGCUCCGACAAGAAAGUUGAGGAUUUCAUGAAGACCUCUAUAUAUCCAGUAUUGAUUAUAUCCUAUGAGAUGUUUGUCCGUAUGUAUGAGACCUUACAACAGUUGACCUUUGACCUGAUAGUGUGUGAUGAAGGUCAUAGACUGAAGAACACCAACAUCAAAACUACAUCGCUGAUUAUGAGUCUACCAACACAGAGACGAGUUAUAUUGACUGGUACACCAAUACAGAACGAUCUUCAGGAAUUCUUCUCCAUUGUUGAAUUCUGUAAUCCAGGCGUGCUAGGUACCAGUGCAGGAUUUAGAAGAGUUUAUGAGGACCCUAUAGUAGCUGCACGUCAACCAGGGGCUACAAAAGAGGAAAUUUCAUUGGGUGAGGAGAGAGGGGCAGAGUUAAGCAGAAUGACUCAGAUGUUUGUAUUGAGGAGAACACAAGAAAUAAAUAACAAAUAUCUACCACCUAAACGAGAUAUAGUGUUAUUUUGCCGACCAACAGCCUUGCAGUUGACACUGUACCAGCAGUUACUCAGAUGCCAGUUGAUACGGUCAUGUUUAUCUGGCAGUAUGUCUGGUUCACCGCACCUGAUCUGUAUAGCUGCAUUAAAACAGCUGUGUAAUCAUCCCAGUCUAAUAUACAGGAAGUCAGAAGAACAUGAAGGGAAUAAACAGUGUGAGGAAUAUGAUCAGAAUAAAUCAGUGUAUGAAGGUCUUCACUGCCUGUUUCCUGAGGGAUUCUGUACAGAUGGAGAUUUAGAGGAACAUUCUGGCAAGCUGGCUGUACUGAGCUCUCUGUUACACCAACUUCACAUGACAGAUUCUGGUAAACCAGAGAAAAUAGUGGUAGUCUCCAACCAUACAAAGACAUUGGACCUGAUACAGUGCCUAUGUAACCAGAAACAAUACCAAUAUUUGAGACUUGAUGGGCAGACUCCUACCAGUAAACGACAGGAACUUGUCCAUAAAUUUAAUAGUAAACAUUCACAUGAGUUUGUUUUUCUGUUGAGUUCCAAAGCUGGAGGUGUAGGUUUGAAUCUUAUAGGAGCGUCAAGAUUAGUACUCUAUGAUGUAGACUGGAACCCAGCUAAUGACUUACAGGCAAUGGCGAGAGUAUGGAGGGAUGGACAGAAACACAUUGUAUAUAUAUAUAGACUGCUAACCACUGGUAGUAUAGAAGAGAAGAUAUAUCAGAGACAGAUCAGCAAGCAGGGACUCAGUGGUGCUGUCAUGGAUGUUAGGGAGAAAAAUGUUGUGCAAUUCUCAUUUGAAGAUCUCAGGGAUUUAUUUUCUGUGAAUACAUCAACAGACUGUGAUACACAUGAUUUACUGAACUGUGAUUGUGGUGCCAGGAAAACCUCAGAACCUGUCCAACAAAAUACACAUACAGUAGAGAAUAGACAAUGUCAACUGGGAAUCAAAGCAAAACCUAAGAAACAACAUUUGGGUAUGGAUGAGUUGAUGGAGUGGAAGCACUACCAAAGUUCUGUGAUAGAUAAAAACCCUUCCUGGUGUUUACACGGUACUGCAGACAAGGUGUCAUUUGUAUUCUACAAUGAAAUCAAGGGAAAUACAAAACAAAACAGUACAGACUUGGAAGAUACUUAGUCAAGAAAUCAUCUGUAUAACACUGACAUCAAUACAUGAAACAUAUUCAACCAGUGAUAAAUUAAAAAUGCACUACUUCAAGCAUUGUUAGUGGAGGUAUUUAAUUUGUCAGUGCUUCAAAUUGUUCUUACAUGUCCUGAACAGUGGAAUGAAUCAUUUCUUGGAAGAAGCACCUUUGUGAAGCCUUGUUGAAUUUUGCUGCAGUGAAAUGGGGAUAUAACUGUCAUACACACAGCAGUUUGUUGAAAAAUAAAAAAAGCAGAGAAAUAAGUUUUAAAUUAUUCAGGUUUUGCAAAGGCAAAGUUGGAUAAUGGUCUGUGCAGAACAUCACCACUAGGGAGAUUGGAGUUUUGUACAGAGGUUGUUCCGUUUAGAGGUCAUUUGACAGAGAAACUUGUCUUGUUGGAAAGAAAAAUAUGUACAUUUGUGGAGGUGUUUGCAUCAUUCAGUAACUUGGAGAAGACUGUUUUGUUACAUUUGUUUGUUUGUUUUGGGUUUAACGCCGUUUUUCAACAGUAUUUCAGUUAUGUAACGGCGGGCAGUUAACCUAACCAGUGUUCCUGGAUUCUGUACCAGUACAAACCUGUUCUCCGCAAGUAACUGCCAACUUCCCCACAUGAAUCAGAGGUGGAGGACUAAUGAUUUCAGACACAAUGUCGUUUAUCAAAUAGUCACGGAGAACAAACGCCCCGCCUGAGGAUCAAACUCGCGACCCCGCGAUCCGUAGACCAACGCUCUACCUACUGAGCUAAGCGGGCGGGUUGUUUUGUCACAUUGUGUAACAUACACUUUAGCAAUUCCCAUUUCUCUGUUGAAGCCUAUUUAUUUAUUCAUAGACUGUAGAAUUAAGUUUUUGCUGAUAAUGUUUGACUAAGCUUGAUUACUGCUUUCUGGACUUUUGACCAAUAUUUGCUGAUAUAGGGAUAUUGUGAAGUUCGCUGUCAAAUUUUGCUCUCACCAGAGUUCGAACCUGGGACCUUCAGACCAGGAGUGCAAAGCACGAGGCCUGCACAACUAUGCCUUCCUCUGUUGGAAUUUAACCAAAGACAUUUUUCUAAAACAUGGUUCGCACAGGUCCUUGAAUCUGAUCCUAAGUCCUUGAAAAGUCCUUGAUUUUUUUCUUCCAAAAAUCCCCUGAAAAAGUACUUGAAUUUUGAAAAAAAAGGUAGAAAAGUCCUUAAAUUUUGCUAAAAACAUGGGUGCAAUCGUAUUUUAGGGGAAAAAUACAAAAAAUAAAUAAUAAGUAAGUCAAAACGAGCGAAAAAACGGUGUAAAAUAAAAAUACAUGCACACCCACGGAGGGAACGCUAGUUGAACACCGUUUCGGUACGGAAGUUAGAUACGGAAUAGCGAUUUUCACAACGUUAAAAUAUUAUGCGCAAGGUCAUUGUAGCGUGACUUAUCAACAACAACAAUGAGUGGCCCAAAAAAUAAAAUGUAGUUUCGCCAAUAAAUUGCUUACACAGGAUGAUUAUUCAUCGUGGUUAAAGGAGUUUAAGUCAGACAAGCAUAAGUGUAUGUGAUAAACUCGGAACUAUGGGAGAAAGUUUGUGAAAUCACAUGCAAAAACAAGAAGUGAAGUCCCUUUAGGACAAAUUGAAAACUAGUCUUGAGAGCUUGAAAGACUUAUAAGAAACAUGUACUAAGUAUGUAUACAGGCAAAUAUAGCUCAUAAAAGGUAAUCCCAUUGAAGAUAUCAUAAAGGUUAAGAUAUGCAAUUGUAGCUUAUGGAAAAUAAAAUUGUUCUGUAACUUUUCUUCUAUCAUAAUGCCUUAUGAAGAGCCUAAAUGGUUUUGUAAUUUAAGAUAUAAAGCGAUUAAAAUAGUCCUUGAAAAUUAAUAAAAAGUCCUUGAAAAGUCCUUGAAUUUUUUUUGCCAAGUCCUGUAUGAACCAUGUAAAAAUAUGUUUAUGCUAAGAAGUUGUUAACUAGAAGCAAUGAAUAAUAAUGGUAUUGCACAGGUAAUGCACUGUUUAACAGCACUCGUGUUCAUAUAUAUAUACCUAUUGCAGUCAUUUGCUUCCAACUUCUACAGAUCAUUUAAAGGUGUUCAAUCACAUUUAAACAACAUUUAAUGACAUUUUUUACUUUUUGUAUAUUCUGGUAGAGAAUUAUUUAAGGAACAAAAAGACCGAUUACAUAGAGUUAGAUUCCUAUUUGAAAUGUAUAUUUUAUUAUUUCUAAAAAAAUUUGUAAUUACUCCCCUUUAAUAUGAAAGUAUAUAAAAAGCUGGGUAUUUCUUUUUAUUUCGAUACAAUGUCUAGUUUUACAUUUGCAUUUGAUAGACAUAUCAACUAUUGAACAAUCUGAACCAAAAUGCAAGUUUAAAAGCUGUGUGUAGCUUCUGAAUUCAUUUAUUUCCAAUCUAUCUUGGUUGCGCAACCAAGAUAGGCAAAAUGAGGUAAUAAUAAUUUUUCAAACUUGCGUUUCUAAUGAAUUCCAUCUAAAUACAUAAUUUUUAAUGCAAAUAUUUUACAAAUAUAUUACAAUAUGUCUAAUAUUUAUACAUUUCCUUAGGCAAAGUAUGUUUAUCAAAUUUAUACUUACGAUAAAAUAACUCUAUCUUGGUUGGGCAACCAGGAUUGGAAAAUGAAAUUUUAAAAAUACCUCCAGUGAAAAUCUAAUUUGUAUUAAGUGUUAAGUGAACAUAAAUGAGUGUAAAUGAUCAGAUGCUAAAGUUUCGAACAAAUCCGUUGCAUGGCCAAAAUCUGAUUAUCCACCUGUAAGAGACAAGAACUAAUGAACCAAGUACACAAUGUAAGACUAACCUGGGUAUGCAAAGCAAGUAUUAGGGUUGGAAACAUAACCAUUUCUAUUCAGAAAUAUAUGCAUGUGCAGCAAUAGUUGAAUUAAAAUAUGCAAAAUGUU